AUGUGCUGUGAAACUCAAAGUAUUUUUUCUUUUCAGACAGAAAAUGACUUCGACAGAAGAAGACAAGUCUCGCUGGGACACCCUGGCUUCAAUGAGCAUCAGACACGAUUCGGAUUGAACUCCCCGCUUCAGAGCUUCCAAGCCCAACCACAACCUGGGCUCAUCAACCCUACGCCAAGCCCCGUGCAGUUCCAACAACCCAUCUUCCAACAAUCACAACCCUAUGUACCCCAGUUCAAUAACCUUCUUCCCGCACAAAAUGUCCAUAACAAUCUUCAAAACAACCUGCCCCUAGCGAACAAUAACGCUUUCCAGUUUAGCCAUGUCCCAAGCAUUAACACGCCUGUCAUACAAAACUCCUUCCCUCUGCAAAAUCAGAGGCAAAUCCCUCAACAGUCCCAAAACAUUCUGCAACAAGCCGUUCCCACCUUACCGUCUUUCCAAAACAACAUCCCAAUCCAGCAGUCACCUGCUUUCAAUCCCAGCCCUACCGUCAAUAUCGGACAACAAAGGCCGACGCAAGCAGCUUUCCUGCCAACGAUACCAGCCCCGCAAAAUCACCAGACAUUCAAUGCACCAAAUCCAAUCACUAUUCAGCCUGCACCCAACCUAGCUCCACAAAACCCGAACUUUAACCAACAAAUUCCUUUCCAACAAAAUCUGGGUCAAAAUCCAUUGUUUCCCAGUAGUCAAACCUCUCAUCUUUCUUUCCCUACAUUGGAGCAACAAUCUAAGGAAAACUUGGAAAAGUUGAAGGAGCUGCAAGAAAGACAGAGGAUCAUUCAGAAGCACCAGGAGUUCGUUCAGAAACAACAACAGAAACAGCAGGAGAAGGUAGAGAAGCUUCACGAGGAGUUCCUCAGCAAGCAAGCUACAAAAACCAUUCCCACUUUUUCGACAACGGAAAAUUAUGAAGAAUUGUUCAGGCAGCAAGAGAAGCGAAGGCCUAUCCACCCGCAUGAGACGGAUUUAUUCAGGAAAGCCGUUGAAAUGUACGAAAAAGAGCAUCCGACAACUACGACCACAACCACCACCACUACCACAACGACGACCCGCCCCCCAGUGAGGUACACUCCCAGGACAAAGCAGAGAAUACGCACUCCUCCCCAAGACAAGAACAAACAAAAACUCUACAGCGAAAUUAAGAACCUUUUGGAAGAAAGUGAAACGAAAGGCUUCGACGAAAGCUUAAGGGCAAAGAGCAUAGCGCUACUCCAGAAGCCCGACAUCCUCAAACAACUAAAAGUAGCUUUGGCUGAAAACCCGGAGGAUUUCAAUGAAAAGAAUUUUACUUCUCGCGAAAUUAGUUUAAAUGGACAAAAAUUCGAAGUCAUUAGAACGUCGAAUCCAAAUCUUAUUCCCAAGGGCGCAAUAACAGCCGACGGUGCAAGUUUAGCACGAAUAAUGGCCGGUACCUCAGAACCACAAGCAAAAGAAAGUCGUAUAAACUUUGAAGAUUUGACGAAAGGUGUUUUACCACCAGGUGCAGAUUUUGAACUCAUCAAGCAAUCCGACAAUGGGAAACUCGAAGAAGUCCAGAAGAUACCAACGACACUUCAAAGCAAAAAGAAAGUCACGUUCGUUUUUCUGGAAGAGCAGGACGACGGAUCCUACAAAGUUAAGGGUGUAAAAGCCAACGGCCAGCAAACUGAAGAAGGACCUGAAGUUGAGAGUAUAUUGAAGAAAAUUAAAAACGGAGAGAUUCAACUGCCAGGGUCAACGAAAAUCUCAAAUGGCUUAUUCAGUUCGACAACUUCAAACCCUGUAACUGACGCGACUGAUUACAUCGCGGAAUCCUCUCACCAUCCCUCUAGCUACUCCAGCUUUGUAACGACUUCGAACCAUGGAUCGACAGGGCAUACAAACCCCAUAGUCCAUACGACGGCGUCACCAAACACGUACCGUAGUUCAGCUGGAUCAAUAAGGAACACCCAAACGGUUUCUCCGUCAACACGCAGCAUUGUCACUACUACGGAACGAUACAUUCCCAAAUCGACAGCAUCUCCUUCUUACACAACAAUUAGAAACAGCCCUUUCCCUAGCUCAACCAUUGUGAAUACCACGCCCUUCUACAGAUCAACACCACAAGACUUAGUCGUGAUUGGAUCAAGUACUGUUCCACCUACGGUCGACUCUGCUAAUUCACACCUUAACUACGGCAGGCAGUCAAACCCGGGACUGGUAGAAAUUCUGAAAGAAAACGGUUUGUUUGCUACGGCGAAGUACUUGAAACAGUCUGGCUUGGACUCGAUUUUGAAUGAGACUGGUCCGUACACCAUAUUCGCGCCUACUGACAAGGCGUUUAGAACGCUGUUGGUGCAACUUGGUGGACCAGACAGAGCUGAGGAAAAGUUCCGUGAUAACCCGAGGCUUUUGAGUGGCCUUCUUCUUCACCACGUGAUCCCGGGGGCAUUCGACAUCGGGUCCUUGCAGGAUGAGAUGACUGGGGUGUCCCUCGCUGGUACACAGCUGAGGGUAAACCAGUACGACAUGCAUGAUGUGGAAUGGAACGAGGUUCGCGUCACCACCAUCAAUGGAGCCAGAGUUAUAGAUGACAAGAAGGACAUCCACAUACCACAGGGCAUAGCGCACGCAGUCGACCGGGUGAUGUUCCCACUGCCAGUGGGAGACCUGGUGCAGACGCUGCAGGCCGACAGGGACCGCCGGUUCACCACCUUCCUCAAGGCCGUAUACGCUAGCGGGUUCGCCGACACUCUUGCUGAAAGCAAAACCUACACGGUCUUCGCGCCAACAGACGCAGCGUUCGCUCGCCUAGCACCAAACGAGCUAUCCCGGUACUCGGACAAGGCGGCUGCGCGUGCGUUGGUCGCGAGACACGUCCUCCCCGGCACACUAUACUCUGCAGGCAUGCGGUAUUACCAACUGAGAAACUCUAUGGAAGACGCCAAGCCGUUAACGCUGCAAAAGAACUCUGGCCGCAUAAAGGUGAACAACGCACAAGUGAUAACGCACAACAUCCCAGCAACCAACGGUGUCAUCCACGCGAUAGACAACAUACUGUAGGUGCGCGCGCGCAUGUAACUCGCCAAAAUUAGCUUCAGUGAAGCUUGCAGCGCGUCUGCUAUAAGUUGGCAUUGUUGGCAGCCGAAAAAAAUAUGCAGUUUAAGGAAAUUGUUAAAGAAUAAAUUCUGUCACAACCCAAAUUUUUGUAAAAAUUGCAAUUUUAAUCUAAAAAGUUGUGUCGACAGGAGUGGCAUUGACAGGAUUUCAGUUUUGAGGGUGGUUUAGCUUGAAA